CGUCACGCUUCAUAACGAAAUGAGAAAAAUGCAUAUUGCAUACCCUCACCCAGCGAUGGAAGAAGGGGUCGGGCAAUUAUCAUCGGCGUCGUUGUUGGCAGAGCGAAACAAAUACAACAGCGCCCAUGAGGAUGAGGAUGAUGAAGGGGACAAUGGUGCGGGCAAACGGAGGCGACGGUGGCAGCAAAGGCAGCAGCCUGGUUGUCUGUCUGAUGGCAUUGGCCACGGCAGUAGUGCAGUGCCACUUCUCGGGGGUGGUGAUCGUGAUGCAAACGAUUCGUCGGCGACGAAAGUGCUUAACGAAGGCUGCCGCAGUGCUAAUUUCUACGAGAAUGUCUUCAACGAAGGCCUGAUACAUCAGCAGCAGUUAUCCUUUGGGGGAAGUGGCUACGGGAAGCUCAGAAAGUGCGAAGAGAAUAUUUACGAAAAUAUUUGCGAAGACUGCGGUCGGUUGUACAGUGCGGAAAAAUGUGCAUUCUGUGCCGUCGAGGACGCAGAAGACGUUGAUCGCACGAAGAAAUCCAGCAAAUACAGUGCCAAGUUCCAGGAAUUUCUCGGGAAUUUCCGGAUCAGGCCGGUCAGGUUAGGUGGCGGGGUGACGGGAUCAACGAUCCAGGGCAAACGGAAACUGUGCAAAAGUGACAUUGUGCACAACGUGGACGGCUUCGAGGAUGUGUUUCGAACGAAUAAAUCAUUCGACCUUGGCGAAAUCUGUCGUAUGCGAAAUGACGCCCGCUCGCAGGUGAGCGUUGAUGAGGAGACUGCAGAUGAGCGAAAAGCCGACCGCGCAUUGCACAAAAGCGAAGAUCGGCUUACGUUGGCCGCCCCAGCAGCUAAGCACCACAUUACCCAGUCAUCGACCAGUGCAUUAACGGCAGCAGCAGCAGCAGACACCACUUCAGCAGCAGCGCAGGAGAAAGCCUCAUUGGGGUCCGCUCCGCUGAAAGUGAGACGAAGUGUCAGUGAGAAUUUGAUCGAUUUUUCCGACUCGCGAAAAGGUGAAACCGUUUACGAGAAUUUGAGCCGUUGCUCGUGGUUGAGUGUCGUUGAUCGGAGGCAACUCGUGCGGGAGCUCGCCGGUCUCGAAGGCGCCAGCGAUGUGUUUCCCGUGAAUGAGUGGAUGAUGUCACUGUUGACCGGGGCUGAAGAUUAUGACGACGACAUUGUGACUUAUCAUGUGAAAAGCAUUCCGUCCGCCACAUUUAAUGACAUUGGCGUUAAUUAUGGGAACGGUGGGAAAUACAGUGGGAAAGGUGAUUGUACUGGUGAUAUAAGCUAUAAGGUGAAAGAGUUUCGUCAAAAUGUCAUAAAUAAUCAAAAGCGAAGAAAAUUGGAAGGAUAUCCGCGAAGGAGCUUUGAUCCUGUAGUGAUAAGUUUUUGCGGUUCGGAGUUCGAAAGCAGUAGUGAAACGAGUAAAGAUGAUGUUCGAUCCGAUGGAACGUUAACUCCGUACAGUCAAGAGCUCGGGGACAAAUCGGAAUUCGUAGCUGGUUUGCUGAACAUUUUCGAAGCGGUGCUAAAUCGGGAGAAGGAAGACACAGCUCAAAACAACGCAGCUGAUUCAAAUGGUCAUGCAAAUGACGUGAUAAGUCCAUAUUGGACACAGGUAAACGAGCUAGAUAGCGACUGUAACUCGCGGUUAUCGCACAACAAACAACUCGAACGCUGCUCCAAACCGAGCGCAAAGCACAUAGCGGUGCAAAAACAUUUACUCGCAGUUAGUUUGUGUCGUGUAGUGAUAACAUACGAACGUCAAUUCAGAGCAUUCUUACUCGUAGUCACGCUUGAAGAGGCAGUUCGUAACCGAAAGUUUGCUUUAAACAGGCGGAAGACGUAUCUUAGCAUAAUGACCCACGAGUGCCACAGUUCAACGAGUGCCUUGCGCGAGUCCGUAGAAAUUGAUAGGUAUUUUCAAUUUCUGGAAAACAAUCGCGAUAUGAUCAAUUUACUGGCGAUACAUCGUCGUCGAAGGCGCAAAGGUGAGCUCAUUAGCCCGGAGGUUCAGAGCAACUCGUCGAACGAAAUCAGCUGUAGCAGUUCCACAAGCGGGGUUGUCUCAGAUUGUGGAACUUCACAGGACGAGAACAUCUACCAGCAAAUCUGGACCUGCAAAACCGAAGGCACCGAACCUGUUUAUGAAUCUCCCCAGGAAAACAUCUACGAAUCCAUCCGGAUAGAACCCGCUCAAGAUGAGAACGAGUGGGAAGUGGUGGAUGACUUUGCCUUCUCCAAAUCCGCUCGGCGAACGUUGAGUCAGCAGCCCCCUCCAGUCCCGAACCGCAACAUCCGUCAUCCAUUGGACAGAUACAAAAACGUUUGCAUUCUGUACAAUCCAAUCGAACCAAAGACUAAUAGGAUAUUUUACAAUUAUCGUCGUGAUUACAUUUUCGACUACCGCAAAACCUCAGAUGACUCAGAUGAUUCUAGUGCGUCAUCGUGCAUCGAUGACGACGAAGAGCUCGAUUUCAGUGAAAGUUGUGCGGAUUCAGAGGAUUACGGUGACGGGGAAGUGGUAGAAGAAGAACCCAACAAUAGUGGCAAAAGAAUCUCGCAGUCACGUGAAAUUCCUGAGAAGCACAGCUGCUACUCGGUACCGGACUGCGUUCAGUAUUGGAAGUUUAUGCUUCUGAACGUCAACUACAACGAUGACGAGGAGGACGUGAUUAUGACCGAAAAGACGCUCGCCGUCAUCUCACAAAAUAUCGAUAAAACCGUUUUUCCAACUGUACCUCAACAGUCUAGUCCAACAACCAUCCAAAAGCCACCUCAGCCGCUUUCGCCUGGCGUUCCACACAGUCCCACGUUUUCGGGUCCAGCGGCAAACAAACCACAAAUUCCCGUCUCGGACAGUUGCGUCGGAACGUACACUUCGAAGAGUGCAGAAAACCUUCCCGAUGUCGUCGCACCACAGGAGAAGGAGAAAUCGCCCAAUCCUAAGCGGGAGCGGAUGCGAGAUAAGCUGAUGAAUGCCCUUCCGUCGAUGAAUUCCUCGCGACACCCAAAUGAUGGACUUGUCUUUGGGGUCGAACUUAGCCUGGUUGAGCAGGACGAUAAGUUUAAGGUGCCACGCUUCGUGGUAGAGUGUGUAGAGAUUUUGAAGGAACAGGAAAAUAUCGAAACCAGUGGGUUGUACCGGGCGUCAGGCAACAAGAAUUCCAUCGAAAACAUCAAGAAGAAGUUGAACGAGAAACGAUCACCGAAGAAGUACGAAUUCCUCAAGAAACAGGACGUGCACUCGCUGACUGGAUCGUUGAAGUUGUUCUUCCGGGAGCUCAAAUCUCCACUAAUUGCAAAGGAUGUGUACGAGUCAUGUGUUCAGCAAACCAAAGAUGAAGUCAAAACCAUUGAACAAAUAAAAUUAAGUAUAGCAAAGAUGGAGCUUAUCAAUAGGAAUACACUGCAUUACCUCAUUCGUCACUUAAAAUGUGUACAUCAGCACAGUGACGUGAACAUGAUGAACUCAUCCAAUCUGGCCAUCGUCUGGGGCGCCUGCCUGUUCGCUUCCACGCUGGGUCUGAUGGAGAGCUACGAGAAUAAUGACUUAGGAAAAAUUAAUACGCUUGUGAAGCAGCUAAUUGAUCAUUACGAUAAAAUAUUUUAUGAUGACAAAUCGGACUAGUUAAUGGCAAAAGACAAUAUUGUCUUGAUCAUACGUAUUACGGAUCAAGACUGCACUGUUGGUAAUUGAUUAUUGUUAUGAAAAAAAGACAAGCAAUAU